UCCAAACUUUGAAAACAAACAAGUGAGAAAAAGAAAACAAGAAAAUUUAAGGAGAGGAAGAAGAUGGUUGAUGACGAGAAAGGUAGAAGAAGGCGGGUGUUCACGUACGGCACCCUGAAGCGGGGAUUUUGGAACCACAGCUUAAUGCAGGAGCUGAUGAGAAGCGGAGACGCGGUUUUCUUGGGAAACUACAGAAGCGAAGAAAAGUACCCGCUCGUGUGUGGGCCCUACCGGGUGCCCUUUCUCCUGAACCUGCCAGGCUUGGGUCAGCGGGUUAUGGGCGAGUUGUACGCCGUGUCGAGUCACGGAUUGGCUCGCAUGGAUGAGUUGGAGGGCACGAGUCGCGGACACUACGAGAGGCUCCCCAUAAAGCUAGAGGCUGAGGAGGAGGCGGCGGCGAAUGCUUAUUUUGCGCACAGCAGCUACGCGAUGGAGCUGUGGAUCAAGAAUGGGAGGAUGGGUUUGAGCACGUAUUCGGAGAAAGAGGCGCGGGGAUACGUCAAGCGCCAAGAUAGGCCGCAGCAUCUCACCUUUCUCGACCACAUCCAUCUAUUUCUGUCUUCUUCAUCCUCAUCCUCCUCCUCCUCUUGAUUGAUGAAUUCAUGAUUGUUUGAUCAUUUCAUGGGCUGCUCACUCAUUACUUUUGACAGACUCGGAGUCUAAAAUAAAUAAACAAAUUGAUUUUGAUUUUGAUUUU